AUGAAGAAUGACUCCUGGUCCUCUAUGUUAGAAGAAAUCUUUGAAUUCCAUGGCAUUGAACAUCAGCACAACAACCAGGGAGGGCACAUGAGGGAGAAACUUUGUAAAUGUAAGGCAUAUGAGAAACGUCGUACUUCUUCCUUACCUGUCACUAAACAUAGAAGAACUUACAGUGAAGAGAGGCCUUAUGAAUGUAAAGAGUGUGGAAAAACCUUUAGUUAUGUCUCAAGCCUCACUAGACAUGUAAGAAUUCAUAGUGGAGAAAGGCUUUUUGAGUGUAAGAAAUGUGGGAAAGCAUUUAGUCGUUCCUCAAUCCUUGCUACACAUACACAGACUCACAGUGGAGAGAGGCCUUAUGAAUGUAAGCAAUGUGGGAAAACCUUCAGUCGUUCCUCUAACCUUACUAGACAUACAAGAACUCACAGUGGAGAGAGGGCUUAUGAAUGUAAGGUAUGUGGGAAGGCAUUUCGUCUGUCCUCACACCUCACUAGGCAUAUAAGAACUCACAGUGGAGAGAGGCCUUAUGAAUGUAAGGAAUGUGGAAAAGCCUUUAGUUGUUCCUCAUCCCUCACUACACAUGGACGAACUCACAGUGGAGAGAAGCCUUACGAAUGUAAGGAAUGUGGGAAAGCCUUUAGUCAUUCUUCAGCCCUUACUACACAUAUAAGAUCUCACAGUGGAGAGCGACCUUAUGAGUGUAAGGAAUGUGGGAAAGCCUUUAUUUGUUCCUCUUCCCUCACUACACAUAUGCGAACUCACAGUGGAGAGAGGCCUUAUGAAUGUAAGGAAUGUGGGAAAGCCUUUAGUUUUUCCUCAUCUCUCACUAUACAUGUAAGAUCUCACAAUGGAGAGAGGCCUUAUGAAUGUAAAGAAUGUGGGAAAGCCUUUAGUCGGUCAUCACACCUCCGUACUCAUGUAGGAACACACAGUGAAGAAAGGCCAUAUGAAUGUAAAGAAUGUGGGAGAGCUUUUAAGCAGUUUACACAACUCACUAGACAUGUAAGAGUUCAUGGUGGAGAGAAGCCUUAUGAAUGUAAGAAACGUGGGAAAGCCUUUAGUCAGUUUUCACACCUCACUAACCAUAUAAAGUCUCACAGCGGAGAGAACCUCCAUUGCAGUGAAUUGCUAUCAUAUGGCCCUUCUCACCAUGGUCUUGUAACACCUACAAAAUGA